AUGCGACGAGGCGGAUGGCCGAUCAGGAAGAGUUCGCAGAGCAGUUUCGAGCUCGACUUUGGCACCUCGCCGGCGGGAUGUUACUGGAAGAGAGCGAUACGGGAGAUUACAAACGAUCAUUUCAUCGACGACAGAGAGCUUUUCAGAUCGAUGAUGGCCGAGGAGGAGAUUGGGAAAACCCAAGAUUCUGUAGAAGUGAACAAAAUCAAGAAACGCGUUUUUGAGGAGGCGAUUGAUGAGUUCCGGAAAGUGUUUGGUGAGGUGAAGAUCGAAGAGUUGAGGGCCGGUAUCUCGCCUGGUCGCGUGAAUUUGAUUGGCGAUCAUGUCGACUAUGUGGAUGGAUUUGUAUUGCCAAUUGCUUUACCUCUCUACACGAUCGCCGUUGCUCGUCCCGUCAAGUCGAUCAACCAAAAUUUUACCCAAAUUCAUUCAACUCAUUUCAAAGAAACUGCCAAAUUCUAUCACUAUAAGGAAGACGAUGAUGCGGAGAAUAGGCUCCAAAAAUGGGCUCACUACGCGGAGGGGAUUUUUGAGUUGCAUCGACCGAAUCAACCAUUGGAUGUCAUUUUGCACACAAAUAUUCCAGUGGGCGCCGGAUUGAGUUCAUCAGCUUCAGUCGAAUUGGCACUCUACUAUCUCUUUGAUCAGUUCAAUGAUGUGCACUUGAGCACCGAGAAAAUCGCGAUGUUAUGCCAAAAGGCGGAGCACGAGUACGCGGGUGUUCCUUGCGGGAUUAUGGAUCAAUUCGUUUGCUCUCUCGCACAUGUCGGACAUGCUCUCAAAAUUGAUUGCUCAAAUCUUGCCUACGAUCGAAUCCCACUUGCCAUCUCCAGAGACGCCUCAUUUAUCGUUGUUGAUUCUGGAGUGAAACACGCGCUAGCCUCUGGAGAAUACGCAAAGAGACGCGCCGCCGUCGAGCAAACGCUUCAAGUCAUAAUGGGUGCCAGAUCAUGGAGAGAUGUGACCGAGGCUCAUCUCGCUGAGUAUUCUCCUGAACUCUCACAAGAAGAAAGAAAUUGUGCAAAACAUGUUGUUGGAGAGAUUUCGAGAACUAAUCAGGCUUCCGAGGCUCUCCUCGACAACAACAUCAAACUGUUUGGGGAAUUGAUGUGGGAGAGUCACGAAUCAUUAAAAAACCUCUACCGGGUAUCCUGUAUUGAAUUGGACAAAUUGGUGGACAUUGCAAAAAGUUGUGAAGGCGUUUGGGGAGCGCGGAUGACCGGUGGUGGCUUUGGUGGCUGCAUUGUGGCGCUGGUGAAAAACUCGAAGAUCAACGAGUUCAAGAAAAGUAUUGAGGAAAACUACUCAGGACGGCCGCGUUUCUUCGACGGUCACCCAGUGAAUGGAGGCCAAAUUUUAGAUAUUGCCGAAUUAUUGAAAAAU